AAACAGAAAACGCAGAUGAGACCUCGCCAGUGCAAUUGAAUUUUAUUAUUCUACUAUCUUUCUCACACAAAUUAAUUGCAAAAAUUAAGACAAGUUGAAGAUAGAGAUUCCUCACAAUGCAACGAAGACCACCACUUGCACUUCUGUGGGGGGCUUUGUGGAGGAAGAAGAACCCACAUGGCGGUGGAACUCCUCGCCGGCGCCGUCGUAGGUGCGGUGGCUGGCGAGCUCCUGAAAGCCCUUCUCGACGCCAAAGACAGCGCGGUAAACUUCAAGUCCGACUUCAAACGCCUCGAAUACACCCUCGAGUACGUAAUCCCACUGGUCAGCGAGAUCGAGCGGCUCAACGACAAACUGGACCGCCCCAGAUCAGAGACCCAGAGGCUGAUUAUUAAAUUGGAGGAAGGGAAGGAGAUCGUGAGCAAGUGCUCGAAAGUUCAGAGGUGGGAUUAUUGCAGGAAGUACCGGUACUCGAAGAAGAUCCUGAAAUUGGACCAGUCUCUGCAGAGAUUUUUCAAUGUGGAGUUGACAGUUGGAGAAGCGAGGGAUGUGAAGCAGCUUUUGGUGGAGAUGCAGGACGCCAUCCGGAAGCUGGACCGGCUGAGCGAGAGGAGCAGCAGCGGCGGAGGGAGUUGGUGUGGAUCCGAGGGGUGCGCGGCGCCGGAGCUUCCGAGUCUUACCGUUGGAUUGGAAGUGCCGUUGAGGGAUUUGAAGAGUUUGAUGGUGAGCAGAGAUGGGGUGUCCGUGCUGGUGUUGUCCGGCGCCGGAGGAUACGGGAAGACGACGCUCGCUUCUAAAUUCUGUCGCGAUGAGGAAGUCAAAGGAAUGUUCAAGGAGAACAUCUUCUUUGUCACCGUCUCAAGUGCACCCAACUUGAAGCGCAUUGUGCAAGGGUUGUUUCGGCAAAUGGGGUACGAGGUCCCUGAGUUUCCAAAUGAUGAGUGUGCACUUAGUGGAUUGGGAAAAUUGCUGAGGAAGCGAAAAAACCAGGAACCUAUGAUGCUGGUCUUGGAUGAUGUUUGGAAGGAUUCAGGAUUUCUUCUUUUGAAUAAACUGCUGGAGUCCCCACUGCCAGGGGACUGCAAGAUUUUGGUUACCUCAAGGUUUGACUUCCAGACGCUAGGUUUGACAUAUCGCAUGGAACUGUUGAAUGAUAAAGAUGCCAUGACUCUUUUCCAACACUUGGCAUUCCCAGAAGAUGACGAUAAUGGUAACCAGCCAGAUGAAGAUCUUGUUCAAAAGAUUGUGAGUCAUUGUAAGGGACUCCCUCUAGCGUUGGUGGUGAUUGCUUCUUCGCUUCGUCAGCAACCUGAAGUGGUAUGGCGAAAUACGGAGAAGAAGUGGUCAAAAGGCCAAUCAAUAUAUGAUUCUGAUCCCACAGACUAUCUGCUCAAGCGUCUCGAAAUCAGCUUAGACUUCUUGGAUGAUUCGGUUAAAGAGUGCUUCCUGGACUUGGGUUUAUUCCUUGAAGACCAAAGGAUCUCUUCCUCUGUUCUUCUUGAUAUGUGGAUCGAAUUGUAUAAACUAGACGAAGAUGACGCGUAUGUGAACCUACUCGAACUCUACUCCAGAAAUUUAGUGAAUCUUGUUAUGAGCACUGGGAAAGAUGUUACUGAGAUUGAUGGGUAUUACAACGAGCUCUUCGCUGUGCAGCAUGACCUGCUCAGAGAAUUGGCCAUCCAUAGGAGCAGUCAGCAGAGUAUAGAGCAAAGGGAAAGAAUUUUUACGAGGGGAAACGAAUUUCUCGAGUGCUGGAAGGAAAAUGGGAAGCAGCCACUCAAUGUACGACUAUUGUCUAUUUACACAGAUAGCACGAUUUCCUCAUGCUGGAACGAGAUGGAACUUCUGACAGUUGAGGUUCUAAUCUUGAAUUUUCAGACUGGAAACUACGAGGUUCCCCAAUUCAUGGAAAAAAUGAACAAAUUAAAAGUUCUGAUCAUGACAAACUGUGGGCUUUAUCCAGCAGAACUAAACAAUUUCUCGUGGCUGAAUUCUCUCACCAAUCUAAGGAGAAUUAGAUUGGAGAAGGUUUCAAUUCCUUCCCUUGACAAAAUCAACGCAGCUCAAAUGAAGAAUCUACAAAAGAUAUCACUGAUUAUGUGUGAAAUUGGUCAGGCUUUGAGGAAUUGUUCUAUUGAACUCUCCAGAGCUCUGCCAAAGCUAGCAGAAAUUGAGAUUGACUAUUGCAAUGAUCUGAAGGAGUUGCCCGUGGAACUCCUUAGCAUCAUCUGCUUGAAGAAGCUCAACAUCACCAAUUGUCAUAAACUGCAUGCAUUGCCUGAAGAAAUUGGAAAGAUGGAAAAUUUAGAAGUUCUUAGGCUUCAUUCCUGCACUGAAUUAUCAGAGUUACCAGAAUCCAUAGGAAGCCUAAGUAAGUUGUCUUUUCUUGAUAUUUCUGACUGCCUAAGCAUAAUGAAGUUGCCGAAUCGAAUGGGUGAGUUAUCUAGCCUGAAGAAGAUUGACAUGAGAGGGUGUUCGAGCUUGGAUGAGCUGCCAAGAACAGUUGCUAAUCUCAUGCAAUUAAAGCAUGUGAUUUGCGAUGAAGAAACAGCUGAACUUUGGAAAUGUUUCCAGACCCAUAUCAGAAAGGUAAAGGUGCCCAAGGAGAUCAUCAACUUGGAUUGGCUCCAGAUUUGAUCUUAAUAAGAACAAUAUGCAUUUUGAGAAUUGUUCAUGGAGUGUCUACCACAAGCUAUUAGAAGCUUAUGUUGAUCAAUGAAGUUUUUCUUACACUCUUCUUUGAUGCCGUCAAAUCUUAAAAGAUGUACAAAAGGCAACUUUAAAAAAACAAUGUUUGCUCC